GUGCUACGGUGAAAUGAUAUGUGUCGACGAUAGAUGUCUUGAUUUAUAUAAGAUAUAAGAUAUAUUCACGCCAACUAUCACGCCUUCAUUAUUCGACACUGUCGUCAUUACAUCCUGGAGCUCUAAACUUUAACUCAAAAAGCUUCUCAUUGAUUGACAGACGGGCAUAUCACUAGCUCACCUCGAUAUCCCCAACAAAAUGUCUCUCUCGAAACUCACUGGCUUCGCAUAUUCACAAUCUCUCAUCUGCUUUCUGCUUUUUACUCUCACAUUCUCCAUUUUCUCUUUUUCGCAACAGUCUAUUGUCCUUGGAGGGAGAUUACGUCCUAGGUUUCCACUCGAGUCCAUAGACUUUAGAGAUGAGUUAAUGAAGUUGGGGAAGGAAGUUCAUCUGUGGAGUGUAUUACGUAUGCCUGAUUAACAAUAUCUCUUUCUUCCAUGAUGCAGAUUGUAUAAUAUCGCUACAAAUAUUGCGGAUGCAACGCGAAGAUCAAAGUGAUCGCAGCUAACAUUGAAUUUAGCUGCCGGAACCCUUCUCCCGCUUCAAUUUCUUCCAAUAGUGAGGAGGAAGUAUUUGAAGUUGCAUAGAUAUCUGGGGCGACUCUUGUUCUUGAUGCUGCUUGUUGGCAACACAUGUGCUUUGGGGAUAGCUCAUCAUGCCUUCGGAGGGACUCUCGAGACAAGAAUCUGGGUAUAUACUCUUGGGGUCAUGGUAUUUUUUGCAUUGCUUAAAUCCUGGAUUGCAAUUAGACAGAAAAGAAUUACAGAGCAUCGGGUUUGGGCUAUCAGGACUUGGGGAUGGACAGGCUGUAUUCUCACUAUGCGCUUGUUCAUGUACUUCCUUACCCGAUUUGUUCUUUCGCCACAUACCCGCGACUUUUAUACCGUCACUACAUGUUCUACUCUCUAUGAAUUAUACACCACACAUUCGCAUCCCCUUUCGCUCAUCUCACAAAACUACCCUAUAUGUGAAAAUACAUUGCUGGGGCUAUCAACACACGAAAUACAAAUUCCAGUUCAACUCGGAUACUAUCCGCCAGAACGUAUUGCGAUGACCAUCACUAUGGUGUUUGGAACGUCGGGAUGGCUAGCAAUGGUACUGCAUAUGAUUGGCGUCGAGUGGUGGUUGCACUGGAGUGCCAACGAGAGCAAGAAAGAUACCAUGAAGGUGAAGAAAUUAUGAAAUGAUGCCCAAUGGAAGUUCAGUAGAUUUGAAGUCUGAUAUGACCCUACUUUGACAAAACAACUUUCUUAUAAUUACCACAAAUAAUCGCCUGUUUGUGUCUGUCUGCUGAUAAGUCCUGCCUUCA